AUGCCUUUAAUCGCCUCUGCACCACGAGGCCGCAUCAUCCUAGGUCUGAUGACCUUUGGACCCGAUGAGAAAGCUGGUGCUCGGAUUACCGACAUCAACGAGUUCAACAGGGUACUCGAUACCUUCCAGUCCCGUGGCUACAAUGAGGUUGACACGGCUCGAGUCUACAUUGCCAGCCAGCAGGAGGCCUUCACCCGACAAACAAAGUGGAAGGAGCGCGGUCUCACGCUGGCUACCAAGUUCAAGUAUCCUUCUGAGGCCGGCGCUAAUCAGGCUGCUAAGGUAGUCGAGAGUUUGGAGACGAGUCUCAAAGAGCUGGGGACUGAUAGCGUAGAUAUCAUCUACCUCCACGCAGCCGAUCGUGCGACACCCUUCGCUGAGACGCUUGAAGCAGUAGACAAGCUACACAAGGCGGGCAAAUUCGUACGAUUCGGCAUUUCUAACUUUACAGCUGCGGAGGUGGCCGAGGUGGUUCUGACUUGCAAGUACAAUAAUUGGGUACGGCCGACCGUCUACCAGGGCAUGUACAACGCUAUCACGCGGGGUAUUGAGCCGGAGCUGAUUCCGGCAUGUCGGCGGUACGGGCUAGACAUCGUAGUAUACAACCCGAUCGCCGGCGGCUUGUUCAGCGGUAAAAUUAAGAGCGUAGAUAUCGACCCAGCCGAUUUCAGCCGUUUCAGCACAAAAGCCAGCACGGGUGCCAACUACCGUCAACGAUACUUCAAGGAGAGCACGUUCAAGGCCCUGCAGACGAUAGAGAAAGCAAUCGAGAAACACGCUGGAUUAACGCUGAUCGAGGUGGCGCUGCGGUGGGUAGUGCACCACAGUCAGCUCAAGAUUAACGGCGGCAACGACGGUAUCCUGAUCGGAAUCAGCUCUCACGACCAGCUCGUGAGCAAUCUGGAUAACUUGGAGAAAGGUCCGCUUCCAGAGGAUGUGGUGGUGGCGCUAGAUGAGGCAUGGAUGAUUGCAAAAGCGGACGCGCCCAACUACUGGCAUAAGGACCUCGUGUACACGUACGAUACACGAGAGGCGCUGUUCGGAGCCGAUGCGAACAAUAUUCGCUUGUCCAGCAUACCGGCUCGCUUAAAACCGACGUCGCAAUAUUCGAAAGCCGAACCAUCACCGCUGUUAUCCGCCAGUUCCUUCGGGUCCAGCGUUGAAGAUUACAUCGGAAGUGGCACCGACACCGUAGGAGGUAGAACCCCGGUCUUCGGCAGGCGAUUAUCUUUCGUCCAGGAAGACGACGAGGCCUCGGAUAUCACACAUCUUCGUAGCCCUCAUAGAUUCGAUAUAGACUACUCUGAAUACUCGGACGACGACGACGCAUUCCUCCGUCCGUCUGACGGUCGAUCUGCUACACCGCUUCUAAAGAAAUCAGACGACGAUGAUCGCGGUAGGACACGAUAUAACAACUCGCGGCCGACAUCACCUCUCCCGAUACCCGCUGUUUCUACACCAGCCUCCGACCGACCAACCUUUAGCCGCCGCUCCACCAUGAGAUCUCGGUCUCCGGAUACCCAAGCGCGGAUGGCAGUGCGCAAGAAGUACACGUAUGCAGCCAUCUUCCUGGCCGUCUCGUUAGUAUCCUUCUGCGUGCAGACGGAGCUGGGACGGUACGUGCAGCACGAGCUUGGUUGGGACAAGGCUUACUGCAUGUUAUAUCUUACACACGGGUCGUGGGCCUUACUUUGGCCCGCCCAACUACUUAUCCUACGGGUGCAAAAGUGGAACGUGCCGUGGCCAACCUUCUGGAGACGGCACGUCUACUUGUUGCGCUCAACAGCGCAUAUGGUCGCACAUCAGGAACUCGACAUCCCCCGGCAUGUUGUCCAGCGCAGUCCAAUACCCUACAUCUUGCGCACCACUGCGUUUGUUACCACUUCUUUAACAGUCGCAGGCCUAACUUGGUACGUUGCCGUCAGCAUGACUACCCCCAGCGACUUAACUGCCAUCUAUAACUGUUCUGCAUUCUUCGCCUACGCUUUCAGCGUACCCCUACUGAAGGAGAAGUUGCGCCUCGACAAGUCGGUUGCGGUGCUGAUCGCCAUUGUUGGCGUCAUGGUUGUUGCCUAUGGCGACUCUAAAUCUGGCGCGGGAGUUGAUAAAGAAGCAGAAACUGAGGCUGGCACGCGAUUACUCGGCAACAUGAUCAUCGGCGUGGGGAGCGUGCUGUACGGGCUCUAUGAGGUGUUAUAUAAGCGAUACGCUUGCCCACCCGAGGGUACGUCGGCAACGCGGGGCAUGAUCUUCGCCAAUGCGUUUGGAAGUUGUAUCGGGGCCUUCACACUUUUGGUGCUAUGGAUUCCUUUGCCGAUUCUCCAUAUUCUCGGCUGGGAAACCUUUGAGCUGCCCACUGGCGCGGCGGCAUUCUAUCUCUUCGUGUCGGUGAUCAUGAAUGCGACAUUUGCAGGCAGCUUCCUAGUGCUAAUCUCAUUAACGAGUCCCGUGUUGAGUAGUGUUGCUGCGCUGCUGACAAUUUUCAUCGUGGCACUGGCUGACUGGAUUAUCACGGGAGAGGGUAUGAGUCCAUCAGCUCUAAGCGGUGGGUGCCUGAUCGUGGUAGCAUUCGUGAUGCUAAGCUGGAGCACCUGGCGCGAAAUGACAGAAGACGCAGAGCGCAAGGCGGCUGUGGAUGUUGCCGGUCCGAUCGACUGGAGUAGUGAGGACAGCGAUAAGGAUGCUAGCCGGUUGGAUUAG